GCCACCAUUGUCAACACCAACUCAUCCAAACAAGAAGUUCAUAGGAAAUUCAAUCCGCCAUAUCCUAUAGAAAAACAAAUGCAACAGGGCAAAGAAAACGACGGAGAUAAGGAACCAAGCAAGUGGCGAGGAAGUUCAUAGGAAGCAAAUGGCAUCUUUCCUAGAAGUUUCCAGUUACCCAUAGGUGAAAAAGUUUCAAGGGUUUUUUUUAAUGGAUAUCCUUCCUCUAAAUCGCACACCAAACACUCGCACCUGCGAACAACGGCAAAGCUACCCCAGAUCUUCCCUGCUCCCCAUCCUCCUCUUGUCAGUUCGUCGCUCUCCAAACCGAGCUACUCACAAACCCCCCCAGCACACCACCAUGGCCACCGGAGAAGGACGCAUAGAGAAGGUACUGAGUUCUCUCCAAGACCCAAAUGUUGGGCGAAUUGUCCUCUUCAGCAUGAACGGAGGGGUUGGGAAGACAUGGACUGCGAGGCACGCCAUGCGCCGAGCCAUGGAUACCGAUCUUUUCGACAUCUUCGUCUGGGUCACAUUGUCCGUCGAUCUCAAUUGGAGGCAUGCCCAGAGGAGGAUUGCGGAGAAUCUUUUCAUUCCAAUUCCCACUAACCGUGCCGACGGCGAUGGAGGAGAGAUUGUCUCGACGAUCAGGAACGAGAUUUGGAGAACUCUAUCGGAGAAGAGGUUCUUGCUGGUGCUGGAUGAUGCAUGGUUGGUGGAGGAUGAGGUUUUGGAUUUAAUGGGAGUUCCCUGCCCUGGUCCGGAGAACCUUUCCAAGGUCAUGGUUACCACGAGGUCGACUCGGACUUUUGUCGUGAUGGAGCCCGCCGAGGUGUUUGAGCCCUUAGCUCUUCCUGCGAAGGAAUCCUGGAGUUUGUUUUGCGACGUUGCAGGCGAACCAUUCACUUCACCGGCAGUCCACUCGGUUGCGCAAACCGUAAGUGGCCAGUGCUCCGGCGCGCCCCUUCUGAUCAUCUUGAUUGCAGGAGCCUUGAGAAAUAUAAAAGAUGCUUCGCUGCUUUGGGAUCGAUUGCGGCAGGCCUCGUCCGCAUUGAGAGCCGACGCGGAGCAGCUAACGUUUCAGACAAUGAAUAGGGUGGUAAAAUUUUCUUAUGAUGCUUUGCCCAGUGAUUUGAUGAAAGAUUGCUUCUUGUACUGCACGCUCUUUUCAGGGGCCAGGGAUAUCAAUUCGGAGGAGCUGAUUCGAUAUUGGGUGCUGGAAGGAUUCAUUGAUGGGUAUGACUACCGACAGGAAGCUUACAAGCAGGGGAGAGUGGUGCUCGAGGAGCUUGUGAAUCGUGGUGCUCUUUAUAGAGAGACGGGCGAUCGCGUUAGCAUGCACGAUGUGGUCAGAGAAGUGGCACUGGAAAUUGCGAGGGCAAGCGGUAGAACCUCCUAUGAGAGGGCGGGAACGCUUCUAACCGCGCCACCAAAUGAGUGUGCGUGGAGAAACUUAAUGAGGAUCUCACUGAUGGACAACUUACUAAGAAAGUUGCCCGAAUGCCCGCAAUGUAGCAACCUCUCAACCUUGCUGCUCAAAGGGAAUCAAGCCUUAACUAAAAUUCCAAAUGCAUUUUUUGAUCACAUGGAGAAGCUUCGAGUUCUCGACCUUUCAUACACCGGUAUUCGGUGGCUGCCGGCUUCCAUCUCCAAAUUACUCGACCUCCGGGUGCUGCUUCUGCGAGGUUGCCAGUCUCUACAGAGUGUGAUGGAGCUGCAUGCACUUGAAAAGCUUGAGGUGCUUGAUCUGUCAUGUACUUCCUUUAUAGCAGGAUACAGCUCCCUUGAACGCAUGAGCCAACUCAGAGUCCUCGAUCUUUCUGAAACCCCAGUUACAUCAUUACAUUUUCUCGGUAACCUUGCCAACCUUCGUCACCUCUCACUGAGGAGGUGCCACUGCAUUAAGUCAGGGCUCCACUUGGAAGUUGCAACGGUGCUGGAGGAGCUUGAUCUUUCAGGCACAACACUAGUUGAAUUCCCUUAUGAGAUCUCUAAACUGACCCGGCUAAUUUGCGCUGAUCUAUCUGGAACGAGGUACACAAGACUCAAUUGGGAGGCCUUGCAGUGGCUACCUGAAAAUCUGAACCUGGACAAUUGCAAUGUCUCUGAUACCCCAAUGGAGCUGGUCAGGAAAGAUGGAGUCUAUGUAGCCGUCGGUAACUCCGACUUGCUCUUAUCUUUGGAGAAGAACUCCCAGCUCUGGGAGAACUGCUUCAGGAAAUUUCAUUUUUGUGUGUGUCCUUCAGAGAGGGCCAGCUUAGAGAAUGACAUUCGUUUCCAAAGGAAGCAAUUUAUCUUUAGAGACAUCUACUUUGAGUCCAGGCAUUUUGCUCAUCCUGUGGAACACACAAAAUAUUUGGAGAUUUGUGGUGUUGAUAGCUAUCCCAAAGGCAUUGAAGGUGUCCUGAACAAUGCGGAGCUUGUGUCUCUGAACAGCAAUGCGUUCAUGAAGAAAUUGUCUGAUUUGGGUUUUGAAAAUGUGAACGUAAUGAAAGAGUGUUGGAUUGAGAGAUGUGAUCAAGCAGAGGUUGUCUUCAGGGGAGACGAUGUGCAAGUAAUUGCUGCAAUUGGCAGACUGGAGAACCUGUGGAUUUCUAACCUCGCAAACUUGAGGCAUUUAUGUGAAGGAAUGGAGAGACUAAUGAGCUUCUCAUCGCUGAAACAUUUACAUGUGGAUUGCUGUCCUAACCUCGUAAGCGUGUUCUCCUCAGCACUGCGUCUAGAAAAUCUUGUUACUCUCCAGAUUAAAUUUUGUGACAAGUUGGAGAGCGUGUUCGGAGAGUCGGUGGCGGGUCAAGAGAUGCUUCCACAGCUGCGAACUUUGCGUCUAUGGGAACUACCAGAGCUCAAGAGCAUCUGCGAAGGACACUUGCCAUCACUGAAAAUGAUGAAAGUGAAGGAAUGUCCGCAGCUGAAGAAGCUUCCACUUGAUGCAAAAGACAUAAGACCGCUAGUGGAGAUCAGAGGAGAACGGUGGUGGUGGAAUAACUUAAUGUGGGAGGAUGCGAGGAUCGAGGAUUCGCUACACUUUAGAAAUUGGGGUCCCUUUUGAAAACAUGAAAAAGCUGCUGAAGUACAUGAAAAUUGGUCGCUGACGAAGUUUUCUUUUUUCUUUUUGAUGAUAAGGGAGGUGAGAUGCCACCCAAUUUUAUCUGUGGUUGCCGACGACGUUAUUGUGUCAUUUAUUUACCAUACGUUCUUUUAUUCUCUUUGAGAUAAUCCAUGGUUAUACUUUAAUUAUACUUCUUCACGCCUGCUGUCCCCUUUGAUAUAACUGAAUCUCUCCUCUUACAACCCGUCUUCUCAUGUAAAUACAAUCUUGUAAAUAUUUUCUUCCAAUUAAUAAAGCUGUGAAAGUGUCUUACUUCCUC